GUUAGGUGGUCCCGCCGCGCGUUUUCGGAUCGGUUUGUCGAGCUGCGGGGUCAUCAGGCUGCUUGCGCAGGCACUCGCUAAUCUUGCGAUUCUGUGGAAUUCGAAAGUGCGGAAAUACAGGGAAUUUUCGUACUUUCAGAAUCAUCAAAUGAUAUUAUGAAUGAUAUUUUACAGCAAACAAAAAAAUUGCUUUUAGAAGGAAAAUAGCUGUUUUUAUAGACAGAAAAUGUUUGCUGUGCUUAAUUUAUAAGAUGAAUGUGAUUUUAUUUAAAUUAGGUGAGUGCAAUUGAAAGCUUUUUCAGUGCUUAACCGGAUAAUAACCAUUUCUGCAUUAUAAUCUGUGUUGAUUCUUUCAUCCUGAAUCUAUAGAAAUCGAAAGAAGGAUUGCUGAUCAGAAUGAACGAGUGACAUUUUUUAAUGAUCAAAACAACUGCUUUCAGAAAAAAAAAAAAGAAGUUUUUAUUACGUUUUAUUUGUCAGUCGUGACUGAAGUAAUUCGAAGUUAAUGAGUGCAAUAACUGUGUUCAAUUGAUGUUCCGACUUUGUAUUCUUUGUUCAUUUUGUUUUGGUGCUGAAAUUUUCAGAAAUUAUCAGAUCGAAUUAUCAUUGUUGAAUCACAUAUAUUAUUUUAUAUGAAAACUUAUUUCAUAGCAUUCCAAUUUUUUUUCUGCAAAAACGAUCAUAUUGUUGUUUUUCACCCAGAAUAUCAGUUUGCUCAAAAUUUGUUUACAGAUUUGUUUAUUAUUAUAUAAAAACUUGUGUGAAGAAAUUUCCAGUUGCGUUUUACCGAAAAUCAGCAUAUGAUCGGCCAAAAAUUUGUUUAGAUAUUUUAAAUUCAUUAAUGGGAAAUUCGCAAUUGCGCGUUUUAUUUUAUCGUCGAGCCUUAAUCGUCGAUUGCUAUGAAAUGUUUAUCAAUUGAUAAUAGAGAUAUAUUUUAGUAUAUUUUAAUAUAUUUGAGUUAUUUAUUAUGGUAUUUUCGACUUUUUCAAGCUUCAUGAAAUUGCCGGUAACCACGAAAAAAAGCGUUCUGAAAAACGGUUGUUGACCAUGGAAUGUUGCUGGUAUUAUGGAAUAUUUUUCUAUUUGUUUUCUGAAUUCAAAAUCCUUGAAGUGAAGAGCUUUUCCUUAACAUCUAUAAUAACAGCCGCUUUUAGAAAAGAAAGAAAAACAUUUUUUAUUUUUAAAAAUUUUGAAUUAGUUUUUUAAACUCAUCAAUUAAAAUAUCUACGUUAACUUAUAAACACAUAAUAAGUGGAUAAUAAUUGUCUCUACUGACACAGGAGACCUCUAUUAAGCAGGAUGGCCAAAAUACUUGUGACCCAACCCUCCUGUGUCUUCGCCGUCAUCAUUUUCGUUCUGUUGAUCUUCAGUGUGGGGUUGCUUGUCUUCGUUCUGAAAGGGCAAUUGCAUCAUGAGACGUCUUUGGAAGAAGCCGUUGUCGGUCACAAGACAUCUUCCAAGGGUCCUGCCAGCAACACAGCAAGUCUUCCCAUGAUAUCCAGCCCUCUGCCGGAGAGUCAGGCUGAUUCUGCCGGAUACACUCUCCAGCCAGAAGAGAGCCCGUGGCUGGAAUUUCGCCUUUCGAAAUCUGUCAUUCCCUUGCACUACGACCUGUUGCUUCACCCUGAUCUGGACACAGAUACCUUUUCUGGCACCGUGGAAAUCACGACCAACGUCACCCAGGAGACGAGACACUUCAUCGUACAUGCAUACAAGCUGAGUGUCCGGAAUGUCCGAGUGGUGGAUGUUCGAUCAGACAAAGAGGUGGCGUUGGUGAAACAGUUUGUGUACAGUCCCCACGAGUAUUUCGUAGUGGCAACAGAGGAGAAAGUGAAGGCGGGCACAUACAGGCUCAAGUACGAAUUUGCAGGUACUCUCAAUGGAACGAUUAUUGGAUUUUACAAGAGCAGGUACAAGAAUGUACGGAAUGAGACCAGGUAUCUGGCCACUUCCAAGUUCCAGCCAACUUAUGCCCGGCGCGCCUUCCCCUGCUUCGAUGAGCCUUCCUUCAAGGCCACCUUCUCCGUCGCACUAGUGCAUAACGAGGGGCACGUGGCCCUUUCCAAUAUGCCGGUGGAGUUAACGGACAGGUACGCAUCUGAUCCACGUUUAAUGGUUACCAAGUUCCAGAAAUCUGUCCCUAUGGUAACUUACCUCGUUUGUUUCAUCGUCAGCGAUUUUCAGUUUCAAGGAACUACAACAUCCUCGGGAAAACCGUUCCGUGUGUACACGACCCCCGACCAGGUGAACCUGACCACAUACGCUCUUCACUUCGGAUCAAGGGUCCUUGAGUACUUCGAGAGGUAUUUCAACAUCGGCUACCCUCUACCCAAGCAAGACAUGGUGGGCAUCCCGGACUUCUCCUCCGGCGCCAUGGAGCACUGGGGCGUCAUCACCUUCAGAGAGACCAACCUGCUCUACGACCCGCACAACGCAAGCCCGCAGAACUUGCAGAGGAUCUCCUCCGUUAUCUCACACGAGAUGACACACAUGUGGUUUGGCAACCUGGUGACCAUGUCGUGGUGGGACGAUCUCUGGCUGAACGAAGGAUUUGCUAGCUACGUCGAGUACAAGGGAGUGGACGAGCAGCAUCCGCAGUGGGAUACGCUCUCUCAGUUCGUGACGGAGGAACUGCAACCUGUGAUGAAUCUGGACUCGACUCUCAGCUCUCACCCGAUUGUGCAGCCCGUCCUGCAUCCGGACGAGAUCACGGAGAUCUUCGAUGACAUCUCCUACGGAAAGGGAGCUUCAGUUCUACGAAUGUUGGAAUUUUUUGUUGGGGAGGACAAUUUCAAGACCGGAAUCUCGAAUUUUCUGAAGAAGCAUCAGUAUCGAAACGCUAAAACAGGGGAUCUGUGGGAAGAACUCGAAGUCACUUGUGGACUACAGGGCAACCGGUCCAUCUCGGACAUCAUGAGAACAUGGACAGAGCAGAUGGGCUUCCCUUACGUCACUGUGUCCAGGCGAUCCGAAAAUGAGUCAACGUUCUUUGUUGCGCGACAAAGCAGAUUCUUGAAAAACCAAGACAUGCAGACACCCCAGGCUUCGGUGCCGUACGUGUGGAGUGUGCCCCUCAGCUACAGGACCGGUGAAGGAAGAUCGGGAAUUGUGUGGAUCCAUGAUGAUGAAGAAAUUGAAUUCAGCGUGGACGCCAAACCUUCUACCUGGGUGAAGUUCAACGUGAACCAAACGGGUUUUUUCCUGAUCAAUUACCAGAAGGCAGAGUGGCUGCGGUUCUCCGACUUAUUGCGCACCGACCAUCAAGCACUGACACCGACCGAUCGGUCCAAUCUUUUGUUUGACUCCUUCCUGCUUGCAGAGGCCGGCCACGUGCCCCUGCACCUCUUCUUGUCAAUGAGCCAGUAUCUGAUGCGGGAGACUCAUCUCAUCCCCUGGGAGACAGCCUAUGCAUCCUUCGUGUAUCUCUGCCAGAUGCUGGAGGACACGCAGGUCAAUGAAGUACUCAAGGGCUAUAUUCGUGAUCUUACCGGCGAUCUGUACAAGAAGCUGGGCUGGAGGACAUCGGAGAAUCAUCUAGACAACCUGUUACGUACUACCAUCAUUGGCUUGGCUUGCCACAGUGGAAACCAGGAAUGUCUGAGCUACGCCGCGGAACUCUUCCAAAACUGGACGCAGGGACAAGAAGUCCCUUCCAGCUUGCGGAGCCUUGUCUACAAUUUCGGCAUGAGUGAGAUGGGACGGGAGGAGCACUGGAACUAUAUGUGGAGCAGAUACCUCCAGGAGGAGUCUGCGGCUCAGAAGAAAACCCUCAUGAAUGGCCUGGCGCAUGUCAGGAAGCCCUAUCUCAUCCUCAGGUACUUGGAUUACGCGAUGGAUCCAGAGAAAGUUCGCAGCCAGGACUUCUUUACCAUCCUCUCGUACAUCGCCGGCAAUCCGGUUGGGAGGCCGCUCGUCUGGAACUUCAUCCGAGACAAAUGGCCUGCACUGGUGGACAGAUUCACUUUGAAUAAUAGAUAUCUUGGAAAUGCCGUGAAGAAGAUUUGCAGCUACUUCACGACGGAGAAGCAGCUGGAGGAGAUGCGCUCCUUCUUCGCGAAAUAUCCCGAUGCAGGCGCGGGCAAAAGACGCCGCCAGCAGGCCCUGGAAGCAGUCCAGAACAAUAUUCGCUGGAUUGAAGGCCAUGUUCAAGGGUUGAAGGAGUGGCUGGAGGUAGAAGGCCCUGUCCCUUGGUACAGCCCACGCCUGCCAGCUCACAUAAUACCGGAGCACUACGACCUGCACCUGCACCCCAAUCUCACAGCAGAAUCUUUCACAGGUCGAGUGUCCAUUUGGGUGACCCUUCAAAGACCUGCAGACCGUCUGCUCGUCCAUGCUGGCAAACAGUUGAAUGUCAGCGAAGCACAAGUGUGGUCUGACAGAGAAGGUGACAAAUCCGAAAGAAUCGAGAUCGAAGAAGUAUUUUACAACGAAGAUAAUGAAUACUUGGUGUUGAAGACGCGCGAGAAAUUAUCAUUCGGCCAGUACAGAUUAUACUUCGAAUUUGCAGGAAAUAUGGCGCUAUCUUUGAAGGGUUUGUACAAGAGUUGGUAUCCGGAUCUACAAACUCAACAAAGAAAGUUUCUGGCCGUCACUCAAUUCGCCCCUAACCACGCCCGCCAAAUUUUUCCCUGCUUCGACGAACCCUCUUACAGGGCCACCUUCAACGUCAGUGUGCUGCACGAUGCUGCUAUGUUCGCUCUGUUCAACGCGCCUGCAGAGAAGACUGAAGAAGUUCUCAAGUUGAGCCGAUUCGAGAAGAGCAUGCCCAUGUCUACUCACAUGCUGACUCUGGUCGUCUGCAACUUCCCCUUCAGGGAGACUCUGUCAGAAAAUGGUGUCAGGGUACGGUUCUACACCGCUCCGCAACACCUAGAGAAGGCAGAGUAUGCUCUGAACUCUGCUUCUAAAAUGCUUACAUGGUAUGAAAAGUAUUUCGGUGUACCUUUUCCUCUCAAAAAAUUGGACCUGGUAGCCAUUCCUGAUUUGGCGUCCAGCGGUUCGGGUAACUGGGGCCUCCUCACCUUCCGAGAAGACGGCAUCCUGUGCGACGGAGACUGCCCGCCUGCUACUAAGUACCAUCUGGCCACCCUCGUCGCCCAGCAGCUGGCGCACAUGUGGUUCGGUGGUUUGGUGACGGUGGACUGGUGGGACGAGUUGUGGCUGAGCGAAGGAUUCUCCACUUACAUUUCAAGGAAAGGGGCAGAGCACGUGGAGCCGGAUCUUGACAAGGAAGAUGACAUCGAAUUACUUCGUUUGACGGAUGCGCUGAUUGCUGACCGAACCGUCCACUCUCACCCCAUCGUUCAGAGAGUGGAGAAAGUCAGUGGCUUCCAUGACGAUAUUAAAUGCAAAAAGGGCUCCUCAAUUCUGCGCAUGCUUGAGAAUUACAUCGGAGAGGAUUUCAGAGACGGAAUAUCUGCUUAUUUGACCCGGCACUCAUUUGGAAACGCCAGGAUGCAGGAUGUGUGGAAUGCAUUCACCUUCAACUCCCGGCAGCGCUUGGAUGUGAGCCGUAUGAUGGACACUUGGACAAAACAGAUGAACUAUCCCUACCUGUAUGUGAAUUGCUCUGACGUAGAAAACUGCAUUAUUCAGCAGCACAGGUUUCUAGAAGAUCUAGAAACAGCCCAACUUUCGGCCAAGCCAACGCCUUUCGACUACGUGUGGCACAUCCCUCUAACGUACCGAACUUCGAACAGCAGUGAAGUUACCCACGUACUUCUCAAUUCCACCGAAAAAGUGUCUGUGAGUGUGUCUCCCAAUACCUGGAUAAAAUUCAACGUCAAUUUCAGCGGCUACUAUUCUGUGAACUACGAUCUCCAAAGCUGGAUCAAUAUCAUACAGAUUCUCCAUAGCAACCAUACGGUGUUUAGUCCUGCUGACCGCGUAAAUCUCGUCUAUGACUCCUUUUCCUUAGCCAACGCGGGGCUGGUGAAUUACGACAUUCCUCUGAAAUUGAUUGGCUACCUGAGUCACGAAGAGUUCCACGGGGCUUGGCGAGUGGCGCUGGCGGAGCUCAACCGUCUUAAGACAUAUUUCAAGGCAGACCGAGAAGUCAGGGAACUCAUUAAGGAAUACGUCCGCAGUCUCAGCAAAGACCUUCUGAAGAAAUGUUCUUGGAAUGAUACCGGUGACUACUCGAAGAGGGAGCUGCGGAAAGUGAUCUUGCUGGCGUCCUGCGAGAGUCGCAACCAAGAAUGUCUCGAAACGGCGGCUCAGCUUUUCAAGCAGUGGACCAAAGGGGACAAGCUUUCGGCAGAUACGAAACAGGUGGUAUUCUGGUACGGUCUGAAGGCAUACAGCGCCGAUCAAAUCCGGAAACUCAUGUUGAACAUGAGUGAAGAAAUGGAUCCUCGCGAGCAGCUGGUGCUAUUGGAUGCUCUCGCGUCCUUACGCAACUCCACGCUGCUUGAAAGGUUGGUCCGAUUCUCUGGGGACGCCAGUCCCCUCCGCAAGCACCACCGCCUCCCCCUCCUCCGGCGUAUCGCCCGCAACCCGAAAGGAUUUCCCCUCGUCGUUCAACUCAUCUACACACAAUGGGACCAACUCAACAGAGUGUACGGAAGUGCCGAAACUGAAGAAUUCGCAGCCGACGUAUUUAAAGGAUAUAGCACAAAGAAAGAUUUACAAAAGGUGCGUGAAUUCUACCAGCGGCAAAAGGGUGUCACUCGCCAUGCAGCUCAGUCUCAUGCCCAGGCACUGUACAACAUUGCUCGGAACAUCCACUGGCUGAACAAGCAUAGAGAAUCUGUCCGUGACUGGUUGCUGACCAACGUGUACAUGCCCUGGAGGGAGAUUCGCCUUCCCCGACACAUCUUACCCACCCACUAUGACCUGUUGCUGAGUCCGAAUAUCUCGGCGGAGGUGUUUGAAGGAGAAGAGCAGAUCCGCAUCAACGUCACCAUGAAGACGGACUAUCUCUUGAUACACGAAAGCGGCCUAAAGAUAAACACUUCGCAGCUGACUUGUGAAACCGACCCAAAAGACAUUCCCAUCGUCGAGGAGUUUUCUUACAAGAGGAACGAGUACCACGUUAUUUUGUUGAAAAAGAAGAUUCCGGAGGGAAUGUAUCUUCUGAAAUUGAAAUUCUCUGGAAAAUUUUCGACCAGUGGCACAGGAAUGAACCGGUAUGAAUACCGGCAUCGGGAAACUGGACUAACUAGUCAUCUGCUAGCCACCCGCUUCGAGGCUACAUACGCGCGCAAAGUGUUCCCGUGCUUUGACGAACCCAGCUUCAAGGCCAAGUUCAGACUGAGUGUCAUGCAUCCUGCAAACUUGAAGGCUGUCUCAAACAUGCCAGAGGAGGAGAAAGUGAAUAUCACGGAGGACGUGGUGAAGACCGUGUUCGUGGAGUCGGCGACGAUGUCGACCUACCUGCUUUUCUGCGCCGUCUCGGACUUCGGUUAUCUGCAAGCGGACUACAGAGGAAAACAAGUGAGAGUGUACGCACCGCCCGAUCGACUGAACGAAGCUGCACACGGUCUCAACAUGACACUUCGCCUUCUGGGGACGCUGGAAGAGUUCUUCGAUGUCCCUUACGUCCUGCCCAAACUGGAUUCCGUGUGCAUUCCCGGGUAUUCGGUGCCCGGCAUGGAACACUGGGGCGUCAUCUCAUAUAACGCUGACCGCUUCCUAAUCAACGGCAGUUUCUCUGAACGCCGCAGGAUUCUCUAUUCUGACAGGGUCAUCGCGCACGAAGUCGUCCAUCAGUGGUUCGGAAAUCUCGUGACAAUGGAGUGGUGGGACGAUCUGUGGUUGAACGAGGGCAUGUCCACGCUGAUCAUGUACAUCCCCCUCAAGCAGUAUUAUCCGUCCAUCAGCGAAGUGGAUGUACGGAAGAUGUCUAGAAUGAUGUGCCAUGACUCUAGCUUGGAGUCUCACCCAAUCGUAAGGAAUGUCAGUACUCCGGAUGAGAUCGAUUCGGCCUUCAAUGUCAUUUCUUACAAGAAGGGUGCCGCCGUCAUGAAGAUGCUCCAGCAUAUCAUGAAGGAUGAUUUCAGAAAAGGCCUCUCGAAUUAUUUGAAGAAAUACGCUUACAAGAAUGCGAAAACCAAAGACUUGUGGGACGAACUGAAUAAGGCUACUAGCAUGAACAUUAACGUGUCGGGCCUGAUGGAUACGUGGACGCGCCAAAUGGGCUUUCCAUACGUGGAAUUGACCAGAGAUGGGUCCCAUUUGACUGCCACUCAACAUUGGUUCUCGAGAAACAUCAAUGAGUCCUGGGCCGCGGAAAUCGCUACCACGCAGAAAUACAAAUUCAUUUGGCAAAUUCCAUUGAUUUUUAAAAAUUUAGCUACAGGAAAUGAGCACACACUUUGGUUGAAAGAGAAAACAGCGACUUUUCAGAUCAAUGCCAUGAAAGAGGAUGUGGUGAAAUUCAAUCCAGGAUUCAUCGGAUUUUAUGUUGUUAAGUACGAUUCCGACGACUGGCGAAGGCUGGAGAAUAAACUGCUCGAAAAUCAUGAGGCAUUUUCUGUAACUGACCGCUACAAUCUGCUCCACGACGCUUUUGUGUUGGCUGAGACGGAUCGUCUGCUUUAUUCUACCCCACUGUCUUUGACAAGAUACUUGAGCAGGGAGAGGGACGCCCUUCCCUGGAAUCUUUUCCGCGACCAAUUGUUGUACUUCCAGCACAGCUUGGAUGCACAGUCUCCGGCUCUGGCAAUGCUCAAGAAAUAUGUUGCCAACUUGACUUUCGACCUAUACGAUGAAUAUGUAAUGUCCGCUGGCGACAAUCGUACAUUGGAGAGCAUGUUCAGAAAAUGGGACACCAAAACAGACAGUUGCCCUUACAGUUAUUCCGACAUGGACCUGAAAUCAGUUCUGAUGGACUUGGCGUGCCGAUCGAAUAACAAGAAAUGCCUAGACUCCAUGCGCGAGGACCUACAGCUGUGGCUUCUAGGGCAGAACGUCACUUCAGACCUGCACUUGAUACUGGAGGUAGCUGUUUCACAUUUCGGCAACGACACUCUGUGGGCGUACCUCUUCGACGAGAUGACCGCGAACGAGACAGACAGUGACCGCAAGAUUCUGCUGGCAGAAGCACUGACCAGCUUCACUUCAUCCGCACAGAUCGCCAAGACCAUCGAUGUGAUGGCUUUCGAUCCCAGAAUCGACAUUGAGCUCGCUAAGUUCAUGUUUUUGAGGCUGAGCAACAAGCCGGAUGCAAUGCGGCACCUGUGGAAUUAUGCCAUCAAUCACUGGGACUCUCUAAUGAAUAGGCUGGAUGCUGCAAACGAUCCCUCCAUUGGCAUCUCCGUGUUUUGUGACAAAUUGAAAACCAUCGAAUACCUAGGGGACUUCAUCCGGUUGAUCAAAAAGAACUCCCCCGCCAGCGACUUCGUUACCCAGAGCUGCAUGGAAGAAAUCCAGAAAUCCGUGGAGUGGUCUUCCAAGUACGAGAAUCAACUGACAGAAUGGCUGCGGGAAAAUGUGUGAUUUGCAUUUGCAAUAAAGAGGAA